AUGAGAGAAAUUAUUCAUUUAUCAACAGGUCAAUGUGGUAAUCAAAUAGGUGCUGCUUUUUGGGAAACUAUUUGUGGUGAACAUGGAUUAGAUAAUAGUGGACAAUAUAUUGGAAAUAAUGAAUUACAAAAAUCAAAACUAGACGUUUAUUUUAAUGAAGCAAGUUCUGGAAAAUAUGUUCCUCGUGCUGUUUUAGUUGAUUUAGAACCUGGUACUAUAGAUAAUGUUAAAACUUCAAAUAUUGGUAAUUUAUUUAGACCAGAUAAUUAUAUAUUUGGACAAAGCUCAGCUGGCAACGUAUGGGCUAAAGGUCAUUAUACAGAAGGUGCUGAAUUAGUUGAUUCAGUUUUAGAUGUUGUUAGAAGAGAAGCAGAAGGUUGUGAUUCUUUACAAGGUUUUCAAAUCACUCAUUCAUUAGGUGGAGGUACUGGUUCAGGUAUGGGUACUUUAUUAAUAUCAAAAAUUAGAGAAGAAUUUCCAGAUAGAAUGAUGGCUACUUUUUCUGUUGUUCCAUCACCAAAAGUUUCAGAUACAGUUAUUGAACCUUAUAAUGCAACUUUAUCAGUUCAUCAAUUAGUUGAAAAUUCAGAUGAAACUUUUUGUAUUGAUAAUGAAGCUUUAUAUAAUAUUUGUCAAAAAACUUUAAAAUUACCACAACCAUCAUAUGUUGAAUUAAAUAAUUUAGUUUCAUCAGUUAUGUCAGGUGUUACAACAUCUUUACGUUAUCCAGGACAAUUAAAUUCAGAUUUAAGAAAAUUAGCAGUAAAUUUAGUUCCAUUUCCAAGAUUACAUUUCUUUAUGGUUGGUUAUGCACCAUUAACUUCAAUUGGUUCAAAAUCAUUUAGAUCAGUUACAGUUCCAGAAUUAACUCAACAAAUGUUUGAUUCUAAAAAUAUGAUGGCUGCUUCAGAUCCAAGAAAUGGUCGUUAUUUAACAGUUGCAGCAUUUUUUAGAGGUAAAGUUUCAGUUAAAGAAGUUGAUGAUGAAAUGCAUAAAAUUCAAAGUAGAAAUUCAUCAUAUUUUGUAGAAUGGAUUCCAAAUAAUGUUCAAACUGCUGUUUGUUCAGUACCACCAAAAGAUUUAGAUAUGUCUGCUACAUUUAUUGGUAAUUCUACUUCUAUUCAAGAAUUAUUUAAAAGAGUUGGUGAUCAAUUUAGUGCUAUGUUUAGAAGAAAAGCUUUCUUACAUUGGUAUACUUCUGAAGGUAUGGAUGAAAUGGAAUUUACUGAAGCAGAAUCAAAUAUGAAUGAUUUGGUAAGUGAAUAUCAACAAUAUCAAGAAGCUGGUGUUGAUGAAGAAGAAUUAGAAUAUGGUGAUGAAAUGCCAAUUGAGGAAGCUAUUAUGGAAUAG